GCGGCCCACUCCAAUUAUCAAUUUUUUCAAAGUUUUGUUUACUGACGCAGAAAUUUGGGGGAAGAUAGGUGAACAGAACAAAUGGCGUUAGGGCUGAUAUUGGGGAUUGGAAGGGCAUUCAGGAAGAAGCGAGCGUCGUCACUGGAUAUUCUGACUUCGAAGAGGAGCCCUAAAGGCUAUUACAAGGGCAAAAAUUGCAAGCCCACCGGCUUCCACACUCGAAAAGGUGGUUAUGUUGUAGUUCCUGAAAAGUUGCCAAACUAUGUGGUGCCAGAUUUGACCGGAUUCAAGCUAAAGCCAUACGUGUCUCAGUGCGCUAUACAAAGUUCCGAAUCAGCUAAAUGAAUGUGCUCGGUAGAGAUUUCUUAAGCAUUUUUGGUGAGAAUAUCUGUUUCUAUUCUCCUUGAGAUGUUGCAGCUCAGUCUGAUAUGUUUUAAAAAUAAGCUGAUGAGAAAAUGAUUUCCUUUUCCUAAAGAAUUCACACAAGUCUGAUUUGAACUGGUUGUGGUACUAUUUUGAGUUUGAAAUAAUAUUCAUGAAUUAGUUUGAA